GCACGCAGCAGAUGAUCGCGCAGAAGAAGUUGCGGCGCGCCCCCUCUCGCCCUCGGAAAGUGUUCGACGCGAUCAAGGUCGCCAAGUGCAUUCGCUGCAACUGGCAAGUGGGCGCGGCUCUCCCAGAGCCCACGGCGCGCCCAGUCCUCCUCCGCGACGGGCGCGUGGACCUGCAGCUGCGCGCUGCAGUCGGCGACGAGGUUCUCGUCGCGGGCGGGCAGGGCGACGUGGGCCCAG